UUUGACUCAGGGUACACAUGCUUGAGCUGUGAGAGGCCCUACUCCCCGUGGCUGGCUGGCAUCCCGGAGCAGAGGCAGAGAGAGAGAGACAGAGAAAGUUGAAUGCGAAAGACUGAGGGUGAAGAGAAUUUUAACUGUAAAGCAAACUACAAAGAGGGAAACAAGUGGUAAAGAAAGUUGUCUAAGCGGUAGGAAAGAGAAUAAGGGACUAAGUUGAGUGCAGCGUGGCUCCUCUAGAUUAUUUUUCACUAGGGUAUUUUUAUCUGUAGUGAGCGUGCAAGCAGUUUGUAUUUGGAAUUGAGAGCAAUGGCUGAUACAGGUGUCAAGAAGGAGCAUGGAGCCCUUGCAGAAGUGUCUUACGAUGAUGAAGAGGUCGCUCUGGUGGGUGCCGCCACAGAGCCGGCAGUAGAUGACGAUGAUCCAGCUGAGGCGACCGAUCCGGUGCUGGCAACUGGCUCGGGGGGGAAGAGUGAAGCGCAGAUGAAUGGGGUCAUGAUUCUGUCUCUGCUCGACAAGAUUAUCGGGGUGGUAGACCAGAUCCAGCAGACCCAGAAUGGGCUGGAGGCCCGGCAAGAAACCAUGGAGAAGUCAGUGUCAACCAUCCAAGGGGAGCUGUCUAAGUUGUCCAAGAAUCACAUCGACACCGCCAACACUGUCAACAAAAUGCUGGAGAAGGUACGCAAGGUCAGCGUCAACGUCAAGACAGUACGCAGCAACCUCGAGAAGCAGGCGGGCCAGAUCAAGAAGCUGGAGAGCAACGAGUCUGAGCUGCUCAAGAGACGCAACUUCAAAGUCCUCAUCUAUCAGGACCAAGUGAAGCCACCAAAGGCAUCCAAAUCCAAGACAGCAGAGGCGGUAGAAAGUAAAACAGCGGAGGGUCUUGAGCAAAUCCCUGAAGAGGGACAGGAGGGACUCCCAGACAAUCUUAAUUCGGAUGAAGAGGUGGUGAUUGAAGAGGAGCUCAUAGAGACUCGUACAAAGCGUCUCCAACGCACCACAAAAGAGCAGGUCGAUAACAUAAAGAAAGCCUUCUCCAAAGAGAAAAUUGAGAAGACCAAACUAAAAACCAAGGAAAACUUGGAGAAGACCAAGCAGAGAACCCGUGAAAACUUGGAGAAGACAAGACAGAGAACCCGUGACAACCUGGAGAAAACCAAGCACAGUCUUGAGAAGAAGAUCGGCAAGCUCGGGACCCGCAUGACCCCCAACCAGGAGCGCAGGGCAAAGAUAAAGAGUUCCAAAGAGAAGAUGAAGAAAUCACUCACCCCUGACCACAAGAUGUAUGCUCGUUCCAAGACUUCCGUGUACCGCGUUCCCCCUUUUACCUUCCAUGUUAAGAAGAUCCGGGAAGGGGAGGAGGAGGUGGUGCAGAACACGGAGAUGGUAGAAGUGAGCGAUGCUGAGGUUCAGCCAGGGGGAGAGGAGAACGGGAUGGGUGUGCACGUGGAGGUGGAGGAAGGGGAGCUUGUCAGUGUAGACAGCCCCGAAAUGGAUACUCUGUUGGAGGUGACUGAAGACUCUGACCUGGUCAGGGUGGAUACAGACCACCUAAAGAAAGCCCAAAGUGAAUAGAGUCUCGUAGCUCCACAGGGCUGUGAAAGAAAUUAUAUAAAGAUGAAGAACGAAACAGAAUACUGAUAAAUGAAUAUAAUCACAAAGACACAGUAGGGACUUUAUAGAUGAUUACAAUCUGUGACAUCUUAUUUGUUUUCUGUUCUCUUUGUUUUGUUCCCAACAGGGAUAACUUUCAUAUUUGUUCAUAUUUAGCACUCAAAUAAUGGAAAGAAAGACAAAAACAGAAAUUAUGUUACAGGCUGAGUGGAUAUGCUACACUUAGAAAUUAGAGUAUCUGUUGUUUGUUGUUGGUUUGAUUAAUUGUGUGGCUAAAAGAAAAACAAAAAAAAUAUUGUGAUUAAGAGACAAUAUUUAGUGUGGCAUUCACCUUAACAAAUAUGGAAAAAUGAAGUUCUUGGCAAGGUUUUUGUUGUAAUGGACGGGUGAAGUGAUGUGAAUGUGUAAAGAAAAAUAAAUGUAAAAGUUGUAGACGGAUUCUUCUACAGAAGAAUUAACAGGUGAAGAAAAGAUCUGUUGCACUGGACUUAAACUAAGGCGUUUAACUAAACUGUACUCCAUAUUUCGUAAGAUUACAAACAUUUUCCCAAAUGUUACAAUACAGUCUUUCUCAUUGUUAAGCACUUAAGUGUGAAUGGCUGGAAAUAGAUGUGCAAUUUCUAUUAAUAUAUACUAGGAACCAUGAACCUGUGACAAAUUCAACUAUCACAAUGUUUAAAUGCAUAACACCACACUAAAAAGCAAAAUAUACUGUUGUAUAUAUGGGGUGAUAAAAUUUUCAGCUCAAUUUUCAGCUUUCAUUCAUAUUGAAAAAUGAAUAACUGAAUGAAAACAUUAAUAAGAUUCGGAAUGUAACUUUUGCUAUAGUAAAAACAGUGUUUAAUGAGGAUACAGCGUUUGGUGUAUCUGAACACGUUCUCACUAAGCUGCACAUAUUGCACUGCUGCACAAAGGGGAGGAAAAAAAAGAUUGUAUCACCAUGGUCACAGCUCAUCACAGUACAUUUUCAUGCCUAUUAAAAUUUCUCAAAGUAAUUACAGACAGAAAAAAAGAUGGUCUAAAGAGAUGCAAGAUGACAGUUUAAUGACUGCUGUAUGUAAUAUGGAGAAGCUGAACUAUUACAGGAACAUCCAAAGCAAAAAACUAAGAAAAUCUGGUCAUAAAUUUUACAAUUUGGUUGGCAUGAGAUGGAGAAAACAACCAAGUAGUAAUGAAUGUAAACUGGAUGGCAAUGCACAGUCAGUCUUCUGAUUUUGUAAGGCCGAGCAUAUCGCUCUCCAGACAAAAACAAGGUGAAUGUAUGUCUUCCAUUUUGCCUCCCUGGAGACUUGAAUGACCUUGAUGUGGUGCAGACACACACACAGAGGCCUACUGUGUAGCAUCGACCACCAUUAAAGUAAUCAAUGGGCGGGGAAAUACAAUUAAGGAGAGUGCUUGGUCAGAGCACUGCACAAACCAGAGAACAUUGGGAAAGACAAAGGGGGUGUGUGUCUGCGUGUCUAUGUGAGGGAGGGAGAGACUAAUAAAUGGGGACACGUAUGUGCAUGUCACGUACCCAAGCAUGAAGCUGAAAUAACAACAAUAAAAAACAAUAAAGAAAUCAGCUGUGGGCCUGUGAAAUCACAUGGGCAUGUUAUUUUCAUAGCAUUAGCCUUUUGUUUAUUUUAUUUUAAUUUUUUUGUAUUUUAUUUUAUUUUAUUGGCAAAGACAACCUGUACUUUAUCCAUAAUACUCGCUGGUUCCUUUAGAAGAAAUGUGUGUUUUUGUCACCCUGUUUAUUUUGUCUUGUUUUAAGCUGCUGGUUAUUCAAAAAAUGAGCUUCAACAUUGCUGCAACCUUAUGUGAUAUAAUAUUACUCUUGGUGUUAUUGAUUUAUAUUCAAAUAAUGACGCUUGACUGAUUAUGUUGUGUUUAAGGCUUUUUAUGCCUAACAAAUUAAAUAUAA